GAAACCAAAAAAAAAAUGGUCAAAGUCAAAAACGACACCGCAAACAUGAACAAAACGAAGAACCUUCUUCUUCUUCUCCCUCUGCCAAAGACCCAGGUUCAACCUUUAAAUUCUCAUUAAUUCUAUCGGAAAGUACAAAAAAAUUAAAACUUUUUCUUGAGAAAAUCGAAUAAAAUGAAAUUCCCAAAACCCUGGAUCCUGAUUUUGGUUGUUUUGGUUACGAUCCAAUGCAAGGCAGUGUUGGGGGCUAAAGCUCAAUCUUCAUCGACAGAAGCUUACGUGACGCUGCUUUAUGGAGAUGAGUUUCUUUUGGGAGUUAGGGUUUUGGGGAAAUCGAUACGGGACACUGGAUCAACUAAAGACAUGGUGGUUCUGGUCUCCGAUGGUGUCUCUGAUUAUGCGAAAAAGCUUCUCAAGGCGGAUGGGUGGAUAGUGGAGAAGAUAAGUUUGUUGGCAAAUCCGAACCAAGUUCGGCCCAAGAGGUUUUGGGGUGUCUACACGAAAUUGAAAAUUUUUAAUAUGACUAACUACAAGAAAGUUGUGUACCUGGAUGCUGAUACAAUAGUAGUCAAAAGCAUUGAAGAUCUCUUUAAAUGUGAGAAAUUCUGUGCCAAUUUAAAGCAUUCUGAGAGGCUGAAUUCAGGAGUCAUGGUAGUGGAGCCAUCUGAAGCUGUUUUCAAUGAUAUGAUGAGCAAAGUUAAUACUUUGCCUUCUUAUACUGGAGGAGAUCAGGGGUUUCUGAAUUCUUAUUACUCUGAUUUCCCAAAUGCCCAUGUUUUUGAACCUAAUAUACCCCAGGAUGUGUUGAAAUCCCGACCUGUUCCUAAGAUGGAGCGACUCUCUACUUUAUACAAUGCAGAUGUUGGUCUUUACAUGCUUGCCAACAAGUGGAUGGUAGAUGAAAGUGAACUUCAUGUUAUUCACUAUACACUUGGCCCUCUUAAACCUUGGGAUUGGUGGACAUCUUGGCUCUUAAAACCUGUUGAUGUCUGGCAGAAUGUUAGGGAACAGCUUGAAGAAUCCCUUCCUGGAACUGCAAGGGGCAAAAAUCCUAAUGAUGAGCUUCUGGUCAAAUUCCUUUUCCUGAUGCCUUUUUGUGCACUACUUUUUUGUUACUAUCGCUUUUUCCUUCAGACAGGGGGUUUGCUUUGUAGAACUUCAUUAGUCAAUCAGAUCAGACACCUUUACUACAUAAUUAGGUCAAGUGGAACAGUUGCUUACACUGGAGUUUCUUCAUCUCCUACCAUUAAUUCUAACCAGCAAUUCCCUGUGCCUGCCUACUUGGGUGGAAUUUCAGUUUUUGUAUGUUUUGUGGCUACUGUGGUUUCCCUUGGAAUUGCUCUUGCAAUUGUACCUCGGCAAGUGAUGCCAUGGACUGGUUUACUCUUGAUGUAUGAGUGGACAUUUACAAUCUUCUUUCUUUUCUUCGGAGCUUUUCUUCAUUUGACUCAUCAGUGGGGAAGGAGAACAGCAACUCAAUUGGGAUCCUUUUCGUCUCGUACGGAUUCUUUUGAUUCUGAUUCUAGAAAAGGUCAUCAACGGCAAGCAUCAUCUUGUGAUAUCGUUACUUGGUAUUAUGGGUUGGGGAUGGCCUUUUUGGCUAUUGCCACCCCGUCCUUACCAUGUAUUUUUGGGAUCACUGCUCUGUUUGCGAGGUUGGGUCUGAUGGUGGUUGGAGGGCUUAUAUUAGCAUCUUUCAUGACAUAUGCUGCUGAGCAUCUCGCAAUUAGGACCUUCUUGAAAGGUCUUGAAGACUGGGACACCACACGAUCAAUGAGUCCAUGAUUCUUAUGUUGAUAGAAGUCUUAACUCUCAUGUUAACUACCAGCACUGAAUUUUUCCCCAUUUGAUUUUGUAUUCGAUUCAACAUUAUUUGUAAAAUAUUGCAGAAAAUUUUGUCAAAUUAGAAUGCAAUUUUCUCCAUUA